AGUACAGAGAGAGAGCCAGCAAACAAACAGCAGACAGGAACAAAGUGCUGUGUCUUCUGCGAAAGAUGCCAAAAGGUCUUUUUACUUUCAUUCGUCUUUUUAUGCUCUUACUCAGUUUCUCUACUAUUUGCCUGGGAGUACUUUGCAUGUCCAUUAAUUCCUCCGUGUGCAGAUGUGGAAACAAGCUAGUAUUUCAUUGCCUGUUAGCUUUGGGACUCUGUCUCCUUUUUACUGGCAUUUUCUGGAGCACUUUCCAUGAAGUCCUGAAAUACAGGGCCCUUGGCAUCUUCAUUCGAAAUCCCAGCCACAGAGAACCACAUGUCUGCACCAUAGACAGGCCUGACUUCUAUCCUCCCUUUUAUGAAAACAGCAUAGAUCCUGAAAAACUGGUCUCCACACUGUCAGUUGCCUCCACACUAAAACAGCAAGAAUUUGACAGUAUUCCUCCACCUCCAUACAAUGAAAGCAGUGCAGAGUUUGUCAGUGAAACAAAUGAGCAGGAAGAGCCACCACCAUACACAUUAUCUCUGGAGCAGCAGCAAACAGCUGGCCAUGACCCAAAUCCCAGAAGCGGGUUAAAUUCUCAUAUAUUCAUGCAAGAAAUAAUUUGCCAGCAGGACACAGAUUUCCAGAGGAUCUCAGGAAGAGCAACACCUGUCAAAACAAGAGAGACAAGCAGCCAGUAAAAUCCUGCAUCUGCAAAGCAGGGAAGAGUGGAAGAAGACUUGUGUCAGUGAUUCCUAAUGGUAUCACUACUUAAGGUGAAAUUGCACAGUAAAAAUAUUGAUCAUUUGUGACUUAGAGUGGAGUGGGAGGGGAUAUGUAAAAAUGUUAAGUAUUUCAAAUUAGAAUAAAUCUCCAGAGAGAUAGAAAUGCUCAGGCUGUGUCUGGUAGAAGUCAUAAUCUGGCAAUAGGAGCUUCUUAUCCUGCAAGAUAAAUGAAGCAUCAUGGUGUUAUCAAUCUUGACUUGUGCUUCAUAAGAAGUU